GCGUGGCCUUGGCGGACACGUCCGGAGGGCUGGAAAAGCUGGCGCUGGAGUGCAACCUGGAGUAGCUGCCCAGGCGCUCGGACUCCCGGCGUGGAAGGUGACCGUGGCCCCGGGGACGCGGCCGGCCACCAGGCACGCUGUCCCUGGAAGAACCAGCCAUGUCAGGAUGAGAGAAGGCUGAGGGUGGGCUGCUCUCCACCAGCCCUUCGGAAGCCAUAAGACACUGCAGCUGUAGGGUUCUUCCCUGUGUCACGCUAUGGUGAAAAAUGUUCCGGAAAGGCAAAAAGCGACACAGCAGUAGCAGUUCCCAAAGUAGCGAGAUCAGCACGAAGAGCAAGUCUGUAGAUUCCAGCCUGGGGGGUCUGUCACGCUCCAGCACUGUGGCCAGCCUGGACACGGACUCCACCAAGAGCUCAGGACAAAGCAACAAUAAUUUAGACACCUGCGCAGAAUUUCGAAUAAAGUAUGUUGGUGCCAUUGAGAAGCUGAAACUCUCCGAGGGAAAAAAUCUUGAAGGACCACUCGACCUGAUAAAUUACAUAGAUGUUGCCCAGCAAGAUGGAAAGUUGCCUUUUGUCCCACUGGAAGAAGAGUACAUUAUGGGAGUUUCCAAGUAUGGUAUCAAAGUGUCCACGUCAGACCAAUAUGACGUGCUGCACCGGCACGCUCUGUACCUGAUCAUCCGCAUGGUGUGCUACGACGACGGCCUGGGCGCAGGCAAGAGCUUACUGGCCCUCAAGACCACAGACGCCAGCAGCGAGGAGUACAGUCUGUGGGUUUACCAGUGCAGCAGCCUGGAGCAAGCACAAGCCAUCUGCAAGGUUUUGUCCAGCGCAUUUGAUUCUGUGCUGACCUCGGAGAAGUCCUGAGCUCUGCAGCCGGGCAGGAGCCGCCUCAGCUCGGCAUCCAGCUGCUUCCUAAACUGCUGUGCUCUCGAUCUGGGACGCUGAACUCUUAGGGGACCAGGAAGGGACGCGCCAGUCCAAUUCUCUGAAGAAAGUUACGAUGUAUGAAACACCAGUCAUCUUUUACCGUAUUAAAAUGCACAAUGGGUUAACACA